GCGAGACGCACAGAGACAGAGCCCCACACUGAGAGGCAGGAAGGAAGGCAGCAGUCGCGGGCAGCUGAUGUGAAGACCCGACUCCGUGCGCCCCUUGCCGCCUCUUCCCGGCCACAUCGAUGUUGUGUCCGCCGCCCGCUCGCCCAGAUCACGAUGAACGCGCAGCUGACCAUGGAGGCGAUCGGCGAGCUGCACGGGGUGAGCCAUGAGCCGGUGCCUGCCCCCGCUGACCUGCUGGGCGGCAGCCCCCACGCGCGCAGCUCCGUGACUCACCGUGGCAGCCACCUGCCUCCCGCGCACCCGCGCUCAAUGGGCAUGGCGUCCCUGCUGGACGGCGGCGGCGGCGGCGAUUACCACCAUCACCACCGGGGCCCCGAACACAGCCUGGCCGGCCCCCUGCACCCCACUAUGACCAUGGCCUGCGAGACUCCCCCAGGUAUGAGCAUGCCCACCACCUACACCACCUUAACCCCUCUGCAGCCGCUGCCGCCCAUCUCCACCGUCUCGGACAAGUUCCCUCACCAUCACCACCACCAUCAUCACCACCACCACCCGCACCACCACCAGCGCCUGGCAGGCAAUGUGAGCGGUAGCUUCACGCUUAUGCGGGACGAGCGCGGUCUGGCUUCCAUGAAUAACCUCUAUACCCCCUACCAUAAGGACGUGGCUGGCAUGGGCCAGAGCCUCUCGCCCCUCUCCGGCUCUGGUCUGGGCGGCAUCCACAACUCCCAGCAAGGGCUCCCCCACUACGCCCAUCCGGGUGCCGCCAUGCCCGCCGACAAGAUGCUCACCCCUAACGGCUUCGAAGCCCACCACCCGGUCAUGCUCGGCCGCCAUGGGGAGCAGCACCUCACGCCCACUUCGGCCGGCAUGGUGCCCAUCAACGGCCUUCCUCCGCACCACCCUCACGCACACCUGAACGCCCAGGGUCACGGGCAGCUCCUGGGCACAGCCCGGGAACCCAACCCUUCAGUGACCGGCGCGCAGGUCAGCAAUGGAAGUAAUUCAGGGCAAAUGGAAGAGAUCAAUACCAAAGAGGUGGCGCAGCGUAUCACGACCGAGCUCAAGCGCUACAGCAUCCCGCAGGCCAUCUUCGCGCAGAGGGUGCUUUGCCGCUCCCAGGGGACCCUCUCGGACCUGCUACGCAACCCCAAACCCUGGAGCAAACUAAAGUCCGGGCGGGAGACCUUCCGGAGAAUGUGGAAGUGGCUGCAGGAGCCGGAGUUUCAGCGCAUGUCUGCACUCCGCUUAGCAGCAUGCAAAAGGAAAGAGCAAGAACAUGGGAAAGACAGAGGCAACACACCCAAAAAGCCCAGGUUGGUCUUCACAGAUGUCCAGCGUCGAACUCUACAUGCAAUAUUCAAGGAAAAUAAGCGUCCAUCCAAAGAAUUGCAAAUCACCAUUUCCCAGCAGCUGGGGUUGGAGCUCAGCACCGUCAGCAACUUCUUCAUGAACGCGAGGAGGAGGAGUUUGGAUAAGUGGCAAGACGAGGGCAGCUCCAAUUCAGGCAACUCAUCUUCUUCAUCAAGCACUUGUACCAAAGCAUGAAGGAAUAACCACGAACUAAAACCUCGGUGGAAAAGCUUUAAAUUAAAAAAAAAAAAAUUUUUUUUUAAAGACCAGGACCUCAAGAUAGCAGGUUUAUACUUAGAAAUAUUUGAAGAAAAAAAAAAAGUGUUAUUUAUAGUCCAAAGAAACCAAAGACUUAGCUCACCUGCAUUCUGACUUUGUUCCAAGACACACUUCAGCGGGGCAACGACUUGGCAAGAAAAAUCAUGAGCGGGAAAACACCACUGGGUCUCACACCUUCAAUCCAUGAUCAUUUUCACUGUGCUGGGCUGUUGAGUGAUUUAGAGCAUAGUGAUUUUGAGCCAUUGAGUGGACAUCUUUUAAGAUCAGACUUUUUCAGAUGUUCCACCGCACCAGAAGGUGUAUGGUGUCUCAGCAUUGUACGUGCACAUGGGCACAAAUGUGCAUAUACACACAUACACACACACACACACAGGUACACACCACAGCCACAACCAGUGGUUAGGGACUUAGGCAGAGCUGGUCUUCAGGAAGGGUUGUGCUGUAGAAGUAUGACCCACAUAGAGGGGGUUGUCUGAGUUCAUUGGAUUAGGAGUGUGAUUUUGCUCAUCUAGCCUAGUGUUUGAACCUGCCAGGUCCACAACCUAAAUGCAGAUUCAAACCCAGCAAAGAAAAUUUGAAUGACACCUAAACCAGUGCAUUCUCUUUGUUUGUUAAGGAAUGUUCAGAUAUUUUUUAAGAAAUGAAGCAAAAGUCCAUCCAUUAAAAAAAAAAUCACCUAGGUACCAAAUAACACAAUAUGAUAGUGCAGGUAUUUUAUUGCAAUGAUUUUAAUACCCAAAGCUAUUUUUACACGAAAUACUAUGUAAAGUUAUACGUAUGAACUGAUCUAGCUGUAAUACACAUGACACAUAGAAUCAUGACUAUUAUUUAUGACUCUUGAAGCAUUUGAAAUAUUGAUUUUUGGAACUGGCAAGAAAGAAUGUAGCUUCAGGAAAGCAAUUAAUAUCAUGGCAGAGGUGGAUGCAGUAAACGUGCACCCAGAUGGCACACUCCCUUUCAGGAUCCAUAAAUGUCACUUAGCUUAGAGAUCUAGAUAUGAUUCCAAAAUCUCUUCAUAGCCAAGAAAACCUGAGGGUCCCUCCAAGGUAAGACCCUCAUUUUAAAACCAGAUAACUUCACAAGGAAGGUAAUUAAAUUAGAAAUUUUUUCAAUAUAAUGCUUUUUAGGAAAAGGCCACUACAAUAAAGGAUUCCAGACAGGUUCAUUUGACUUAAGUUUGUUCUAUGCAUUUGGCACCAAAUGCCUUUUUAAAGUACUUUACAAACACACAAAUAAAGUGAGCAGACUAGCAUUAUUGUUAAAAGAACUGUCCAAUAUUUGUAUCUAUCCUAAAAAUGUCAGCAAACUGAUUUUUUUUUGCUAAUCCCAAAUAUUUUAUGAAUUGAACAUUAAUAAAAUAGCAGGUGCAACUUAGAAAUGGUGGAAUUGGUGGAACUGCAUAGAAAAAGCAAGAGUUCUAGUGGAAGACAGGACUUUUGGUUCUAUAGGUAUUAAGCUAUUUAUUUCACUAAGCAUAAGCCUCCAAGGUGUACUACAUUCUUUCUUGCUACUGCAUUAAGUUGGGAAUUUUAUAACACAUUCCACUCUCUGCCAGGGACAGAUAAAAAGCUAGACCUGAGCUUCCAAAUACAAAAUUUUAAUUUCUGUUUUUCCCAAAUCAUUUAACCAGAGCUAUAGCAAUCAAGGCAUAUUUUUAAAAUAAAGAUAAUAAAGUUGUAUUGGUGGUACCCCAGUGAAUCACUUGAUUACCGGAAAAAUUCUCUCUGAAUUCAAUUAAAUUGUAACUCAUAUAAGUGGAUGCUUUUGUAUCGUUAGGUAAAGAAUCAGCUAGUCUUAGUUAAUUACCACAUCCAACUAGAAAUAUAAAAUUAAAUGUUAUCCCAACAAUAAAUCAUUUAUUGAGAUUCAAUGCAAUGCUAAAGAAAAAAACCAAAAUGUCUUGAAACAAACCUAACUCCUUAGACCAAAUCUCAGCAUCUUGUCUAGGUCUAGAAGAGACUGGUGCCCAGAGGGGCACAGCUAAACCAACAAGCCAUCUCUGUCUCCUUCACAUCUGCUGUAGAAUAAGAAAAGGAAACCAACACAUACUUCCCCUUUGAUGAAAUAGUCAGCACAUUUACCUUGACACAUUUUUUUCUUAGUAUUAUUUUUAUUUCACUCCAAAUUCUAGUUUUAAAUUUUCCCUUCUAAAAAUGGCACAAUUAUAGCUCAGCUAUUAAAAGAGACCAUUUAAAUGCCCCCCCUUCAAGAUUUGCUAAAAUAUAAUUUGUCAAUGACAUAAACUAAAAGGAAAAACUGAUUAAUGUUUUCUCUCUCUCUAGAAAUGUGGGGCAGGGGAGAAGGGAACUGUAUUUAUGAUGUAGGAGGGAGGAAAGCCUUAUUUGUUUAAAACAUGAGAAUUUAAAAUGCAGGGAAAUUCAAGAUGUGUCUACACACAAUCUUACCAAAUUCAGUACCCAGGAAAAACAAAAGUUGAAUUCAGAUAACUAUGUCUUUUGCGUCAUUUUUUCUAUACUACCCCCAAAAUUAAUUCAAUGGCAUUUUACAUUUUCAACCAAUUAUUUUGGUACUGCAUAGACACAGUCUCAAAUAAUACAUUUUUACUGUUUCCCACCAUAAUGGUUUUUGAAACAUAACCAGUUAACCUAUUGCUAACACCAAAGAUAAUUUUCAUACCAGCAUUGAAUUUGCACCCAUUAUGCAAUUUCAGGGCCUACAGAUCUAUUUUCUCCUAAAAGAUGCACAAAUCAGAGCCUGAAAGCAAUUUUUUAUUGACUGUUUAAGCAUAAUCACAACCUUUACUUUUUAGAAAUCAUAAUGGACAAAUUCAGCUUCUCACAAGCAAUACGCUUAUUACAUCAUGUAAGACUGAUUUUUUACUUGCUUAUGAACUCGCAUAUAGAAAACAAUGCUUCCAUACCUGCUAGUGUAGCAUUAAUAUAUGGCUCAGGUUUUUUAACCUACACAUUCAACAGGGCAGAUAAUGUGCCAUUUGUUCACCCACCAUUUCUCAAUCCUUCAGCAAAAUUCACCUAAAAGAAAAAUCUCUUUUGUCUGUUUAUUCCAAAACUGCACUUCAAAGAAUCUGUUUGUUUUGGUUUUGCUUUGGUAGAAUGGAAGUUAGUCUGUUUUUGGCCAUAAAUCUUUCAGGUCCUCUCAUCACUGGAAGCAUUCCUGAAAGGAUGUGUGAAAUCUGGACAUACCAAAGGCCCAGACUUCAGUAAAAGUUCAGGUAAAAGAAUUCCAGAUGUCAGGAACUGAAUAUUCCAUUCCCUGGAUGCAGCUGGAAUAGACACUAAAGACCAAAGAAAGUGUGAGGGAAAAUCCAGAAGUUCUAACUGAACACAUCACUCACUGCUCCCCAAAGAGCAUAAUUAAUUUUCCAGGAAAAAAUAAAAAUAAAAGUGCUACGCUACUUUUGGACUCAUCCCACUCCCAUUGCUACCCCAGGUGAAUGACCCGUCUCUGCAGGUUAAAUGCAAACUUUGCUAUACCAAAGAGUCCUAGGACAUUUUCACAUGAGCUAUGAAGGCAUUUUCCCUAAGAAAAGUCCUCCCUUCUUUGUACAUAAAGGAUGAAAACUAUGCAUUUAGCAAACAAAGAGAAAGCACUUCUCCCUUUUCUAUCUAGUUGUUUAGGGUGCAUUCAAAAACCAGAGGCUGAUUUGAGACACAUUUGGCCUUCUGGAUAUUAUUGUGGUGUGGUUAGCUUUACAGUACAUUUGGUAACUAUUUCCUAAAUAGUAAGGACAAAGAAGCAGAAGGUAAGAAAUAGCUACUUCCACAUGUUAAAAAAAAAAAAGAAAAAAAGAAGUGUAAAGAUCUACUAUUUAUAGUGUGAACCAAAGAUGCUACCUCACUCGAUUUCCAUUGGUGAUUUUAAUCACAUUGAUGAUACCAAAGAAUACCAAAGAUAUUUUCAUGCACGGCCUUGGUCUGCAGAGGGAACUCCGCCCCUUUCCCUUCUCCCACCUCCUUUCCCCUCUUCACUCUUCACUCAGUGUGUAAACAUGUCUUCAUUCUUAAUAAUAAUGAUACAAUAAUGAUAACAACAACAUUAGGAAAUACUACUAUUACUGCUAGUUUUACUUGUAAAUCUCUAAGCAAACAUGUUGCAAACUUUGUAAACUCCUAGGACGAGUGCCUUGCUUGAACCAAAGUGUUAAACCGCUGUUGACCUCUCUCACCUUAUACUCUUUGAAUACCUCAGCCUCUUAGAAAGGCCACUAAUGAAAAAAAAAAAAAAGGAAUAAUUAUUCACCGUGGUGCUUUUUCCGUGCAACCAUGCAAUGAAACUUUCCUUGAUACCAAAGGAUGACUUUUUUUUCCCCCAGUUUCUUGCUGAUAAACCAAAGCGCCUCCUCUCCGUUCCCUCUCGAGGUUCCCCACCACCCCACUUUGGGAGUCCCUUCCCCAGGCAGGCCGUGCAUCCUUUUACCAAUUCCUCCAAAUACCUCAUAGUAAUAAAGUUUUAGGGUUAUGUUGUAUAGAGAGUCUAUGUGAUAAGGCAGAACUUACUAGUUUGAUAAUUGUUAAGGUUACUUUUUAGAAAAACUUUAUAAUUCUUAUUUAUUUUGUAGUUUGUAUGUUUGGGAUGGUUUUUCCCCUUUGGUUUGGGGUUUGUUUUCUUGGCAGAACUGCUCUGUUGCUCAAGGAAGACUUAAUUUCUGGAAAUGUUCCCCAGGUGGGUUAAGGGUUGUGUAAAAAUGCAAGAAUGGAAUAAGAAAUGAUUUUCAUUUAGAUGGUUACUUAUGAAGUUUGUGUGUUUCAUAGUAAAUUUUUUUCCACAGGGUAAAAAAUAUAUAUAAUCUCUUUUGUGUGGAACUGGUUCCUAUUUUUCUCUAUAAUGUGCUGUAAUUUUUUUUAAUUUAAUUACAUUUUAUAUGAGCUUAUUUAAUCACUGCUUUAAUUUAUGACUGUGUAGUUUUUAAAAUGUAUAUAGUAGAAUUGAAAUGGCCAAAGCUUUAUGUUACAAUCUUUUUGUUCUUGAUGCUAAGAUAAGCUGAAGGCAAGAGCUUCUCUUAACUGCAGGGUGUAUCUUUAGCUUUUUCUUAGCAGGCACUUCAGUGUGUGUUGUGAACACUGCCAGGUCCCCCCCCCCAAAAAAACAAAACAAAACAAAACAAAACAAAAAACUUGUACAUGCCAAAAUGAGUGUUUCAAGGUAGUCCAUUUUGCCACUUAGAAAGAAAAAAGGUAUUAUUUGUGUUUUUCCUUUAAUUUAUUAAUUUUUUUGUUUUUAAGAAAAGAUUACUUUGCAGGUAAGACCUGAAAUUCCAAAGAAUUUAAGGCUUGUUUAAUGUUUCAAAGCACUGGCAUUUGUGAGAUACUUUGCUACUUUCUUUCUUUCUUUCUUUCUUUUUUAAACCAUUCUCAUGGGUAUGAAAAGUAAAGAGCAUAAAAAACUCAAAGAGACAAGCUAACUUGAAUUUGGAAAUCUUGUAAAUUUUACCAAGUUUGGGGAAGGGCAUGGACACCCUUCCUUUUGCAGAGCUGAGAGGGGAUUAUAAUGACUUCACGCCCUAAAGGACAAAGAAAGUCAAUGCUAGGGGCAACUGAUCUUGCCUGCUCACCUGGCCAGAGCAUGGUAAAAACAAAAUAUGAUUGCUCUGCCCCAAUUAUCAAUCGAAUUUAAGGAAAAUGAAGCAAAGUUACGUAUACCUCUCCAUAUCUGCCCUGUGGAAUCUGCUACCCAUGAUCCACUUCCCCCACCCCAUGUACCCCUACCAAGAUUGGAAGAUUGAGCCUCAAAUGUCAGGGUCCCAGGGUUUAAUAUACCCUAGACCUAUUUGAGUUUGUCUCUUUUCACUCUUCAUCUAACCCCCCAGCACUAGAGAUGAUCCCUGCUGCAAGCCCCCUUAACUGAGGUCCUUCAGAUUUUUGGCCCUGCUUUAGAUUAGCACAUACACAGAAUUCUAAGAGGACAAGUGGCAUCCUCAGAAAGAGCUGGUGACCACUAUUUUGUUUUAUUUGGCUGAAAUGAGUUGUUUCAACUACAUGGCAUAAAUCCAUAGAUGUAAAUACUUUUCCUCUCAACACAAAAGUUUCCCUUUAUUUUCUUUAGCAGAGUUGUUUGGGUGGGGAAGGAAAGGAAGGGCUUAGACUUCAGGUCAAAUGUUACAUUUUCUUAGGAGCAUUUUUAUACUCAUUAUGUAUUUUAAUAGGGCAAUAAAUCUGCUCUGAGUUGCAGGAUCAUUCAGUGGUCUGUUGGUAAAUGUUGAUUAAUUACUUGUUGUUAAUACAAAUGCUGUGCAAUGAGUUAUAGAAAGCCCAGGAAAAUGGUUGAGGAAGUAGAUUUUUUUAUCAUUAGCAAUUAAAUACUGAACACAGUUAUAUUCACAAGGUCACAUUUUCUGUUUCUGUGUUAGUCUUGAUUUUCUGUGGUUUGUUCUGCAUCUAUUACAUAAUCAUUGUGGGCUCAUUUUAGGUUUGCUGUCUGAAACAAGUGACAGUAUUUAAAAAAAAAAUAAACUUUAAAACAUUGUCUUCCACUUGCUUUGGUAGUUGUCUUCAUAUCUCCCUGUGUUUAUUGUCCAGUCUGAAGUCUGCCCAUCUGCCACUCACUUACACCUGCCCCUUCCCCUUUUUCUAUUUUCCCUAUGCCUUUGACCUUAGCUAUUGAGUGUGACUCUGUUUCCAUGUUCGAGUUAGCUUGAUGGUUUAUUAUGUAAGGAGGGUGCCUAAGACAAUCAUCAGGUAAAUAAAUAAAUAAAUAAAAUUUAAAAAAAAAAAAAGAUCCGUAGA